AUGACCAACCCAAACAAGGUCGUUAUCGAGGCUGCCAAUGGCGCCAAGCCCAACCCCAUCAUCAACAACCUGAUCGUCUCUGGGAACACGGUCUACCUUGCCGGUGUGCUUGGGACGGACGCUGCCGGUCAGCUUGUUUCUGGUGGGGUCAAGGAGGAGACGAUUCAGUCCAUGCGCAACGCGACCGAGCGUCUCUCUCACAUCGGCCUUGACCUUUCAGACGUCGUCAGCAUCACCAUCUUCGUGAACGACUAUGCCAGCAACCUCCCGGGUCUCAACGAGGUCUAUGGUGGCUGCUUCCCUAAGGGGGCUGCCAUGCCGGUUCGGACCGCCGUGGGAGUGGCUGCCCUCCCCUUCAAUGCUGCGGCAGAGUUCUCCAUUGUUGCUGCCAAGCGUUCAUAG